CAUGAAAAUUUUUAAAAAGAAAUCCUAACCUAUAAAUUGUAAAACUAGUAAAUAUUGAGUUAUUUGAUUUGAAUCUAAGCAAAAAUCAGCAAAUAACAAGUGAUAUUGUAUUCUAAACAAAAAUAUAAAUAUUAUUCAAGUCUAAAUUUAGAAUUCUUUCAUUAAAUAAACAACUUUUUUUAAUCUUAAUUUUAAAUUCUGUAAUAUACAUGUGUAAUAAAAACAAUGAAAACCACAAAACGUACACAUGAAUUUAAAGCCUUAGAGCUAAAACUCGCAGAGGAUUCACAAUCGCCACACACAAUAUACAUCAAAGAACAUGUAGUAAGAGAACACACCAAGGACAGACCGUCAGGGAGAACUUUGCUAGUCCUCAAUGUACCGCCGUACGCAGACGAGAAAGGUAUAGAGAACGCAUUCAGGGAUGUCGGCGACAUAGAGUCAGUUCAAUUCUCACUGAAACCAAGUGGAACAGACACAAAAAGUGAGAGAAAAUUCAUUGAGAACAUAGAUAAACCUUCAUUUAGAGUGGCUUAUGUAGUGUUCAAAAAAGUGUCUGAAUUAGAUAAAGCAUUAAAAUUGACACAUCUAUAUCCAAUGAAUUCUAAAGACCAUAGCAUAAAACUAGGUGUGAGGAAAUGGAUUGAUGAAUAUAAUAACAGUGUCUUAUUGCCAAAAAUUGUUAAAGAAAGAGUAGAACAAUUUAUGAAAGUACAUGAUGAAGAGGCAGAUCUUACUGAAAAGAAAGAAAAACAAUUAGAACAGGAAGAUGAUGAAGGUUGGAUCACUGUGACAAAGAGAGGAAAAGUGCAGAGCUUCGCCCGAACAGAGAAAGUGGAAAAUAAAAUAAUGGCAAGAGAAGAGAAGAAUAAAAAGAGGAAAGAAUUGAAAAACUUUUAUACUUUCCAAAUAAGGGAAUCUAAAAUGAAACACAUUGUUUCCCUUAGGCAGAAAUUUGAAGAAGACAAAAAGAAAAUAGCACAAAUCAAACAGAGUCGUAGGUUUAAGCCAUUUUAAUAAAUUUCAAAAUAAAUAA